UUUUCAAAUAGAAGAGUUAGGCGGUUUCGCAUUGGAGGCGAAUUCUGUGCAAUUUUCCAAAAUUUAUUGUCAAUCAAGACGUGAUUAUAUAGUAAUAAUUACAUGCUACAAAAUUAGCCAUGAAUCCUAAUUUCGCGGAGAUUGGCAAGUCUUUUGUUGAACAUUUUUAUACGCUGUAUGACACACCAGGGAGAAAACAGGAACUGUGCGCCUUGUAUGAUGAUAAUGCUCUAUUAACAUUUGAAAAUGAUCAGAAACAAGGAAAAGUUGGAAUAACAGAGAAACACAUGGCCUUGACUGCACAGACAAAACAUGCAAUAACAACAUUAGAUAGUCAGCCAACCCCAGAUGGUGGGGUAAUAGUUAUAGUAAUGGGACAGAUACAGACUGAGGGAGAAGAUAAACCACUAGGAUUCAACCAUACAUUUAUUUUAAAACCAACUGCGGGAGGCAGCUUUGUCAUUAGUAAUGAAGUUUUUCGACUAGCUAUUCAUAAUUUUUAAAAAUAGACAAGAUAAUUGAAGUUACAGACUAGUUGUGAAAUUAAUUAAACAUGUGUGCAUCAGUUAUAAUCCAACUUGAUUUCUGACUGUAGAUUUCACUGUUAUUUGGAGAUAUUCUACCCUUUUUUCAUUACAAAAGAGGAAAUCUGAAUGAAGUUCAGAAAUAAGCUAUCUGUUUAGUUAUGUUGGCACUGAUUCCAACAAGAGCUUUUAACAAAGUAUGGCUGUGUGUCAUUAAAAUCUGAAUUGUUGUAGUGCUGGUGUGUUUUUGUGUGCCCAUUUUACAGUGUUUUUCCCCCAUACAACAGAAUUUAUAAAGCUUCAGCUUCUAAACAGAAAAAUUUGCAUUUAAAUUUUUCGCAGGAUUUUUUGUCAUUUUUUAUUAGUCAGUAAAAAUUGUUAAAUUAUUCCCUUGCAUGAUGUAAUUGGUUUUAUUCACUGUGACCGUGACAUGUGAAACAUUAAUUUUAAAAAUAGAUUUUAUCUGGGACUCUUCUUACUAAUAGAGAUAAAUAUACAUUCAGGCCGCACACAAAAAACCCAACAUAGUGUGUUUGCGACCAGCAUGGAUCCAGACCAGCCUGCGUAUUUGCACAGUCUGGUCAGCAUCUGUGCUGUUCGGUAACGGUUUCUCUAAUUGCAAUAGGCUUUGAAAGUGAACAGCAUGGAUCUUGACCAGACUGGAUCCAUGCUGGUCGCAAAUGCACUAGGCCCUACUUAUUUUUAGCUCGACUAUUCAUAGAAUAGUAGAGCUAUUGGACUCGCCCAUGCGUCGGCAUCGGCGUCCGCGUCCCGAUUUGGUUAAGUUUUUGUAUGUAAGCUGGUAUCUCAGCAACCACUUGUGGGAAUGGAUUGAAACUUCACACACUUAUUCACUGUGAUAAACUGACUUACAUUGCACAGGUUCCAUAACUCUGUUUUGCUUUUUUACAAAAUUAUGCCCCUUUUUUGACUUAGAAAUUUUUGGUUAAGGUUUUGUAUGUAAGCUGGUAUCUCAGUAACCACUUGUGGGAAUGGAUUGAAACUUCACACACUUAUUUACUGUGAUAAACUGACUUACAUUGCACAGGUUCCAUAACUCUAUUUUGCUUUUUUACAAAAUUAUGCCCCUUUUUCGACUUAGAAUUUUUUGGUUAAGGUUUUGUAUGUAAGCUGGUAUCUCAGUACUCACUAAUGGGAAUGGAUUGAAACUUCACACACUUGUUCACUGUCAUGAUCUGACAUGCACAAAGCAGGUCCCAUAACUUUAUUUUGCUUUUUUACAAAAUUAUGCCCCUUUUUCAACAUAGAAAUUUUUGGUUAAGUUUUGUAUGUAAGCUGGUAUCUCAGUAUCCACUAAUGGGAAAGGAUUGAAACUUCACACACUAGUUCACUGUCAUGAUAUGACAUGCAGUGCAAAGGGUCAAUAACUCAACUUCGCAUUUUACAAAAUUAUGCCCCUUUUUCAACUUAGGAGUUUUUGGGUUAAAUUCUUAUAUGUAAGCUGGUAUCUCAGUACCCACUAAUGGGAAUGGAUUGAAACUUCAUACACUUGUCCACUGUCAUGAGCUGAAAAGCACUAUGCAGGUUCCAUAACCCUAUUUUACUUUUUUACUAAAUUAUGCCCCUUUUUCGACUUUCUUAUUCAUUCAAGCGACAAGGCUGUUAAAUAGUCGAGCGUUGCUGUCCUCCGACAGCUCUUGUUUUACAUACAAGACCAAAGUGUGGAUUUUGAAACAAGAAUGGAUACUGUUACUAUCGUAAACAGAAAUUUAUUAGAAUUUUGCUAUCCUAUAUCUGUACAAAGUUUUAGUGAAAUCUGCUCUAGAAAUGAAUGUAAAAACACUUCUAAGCAUAUUACAUUUUCUGCUUUUGCGUAGUGUUUCUAUGCUGUAUACAUAAAACAAUUUUUUAUCACAGAUACUUGUGAAAAAAAUUGACUACAGGAUAAUAUACCUAUUGGUACUGAUAAUUUGUUAUCCAGAGUAUUAUGUGUAUAUGUACCACAAUCAGCAGUUUAAUCGUUACACCGUUGCAUUGAAAACUUGCAUAAAAUUACUUGCAAUGUACUGUUUGCCAUUAGCUACAGGUUUGUUACUUGAAGGAUUAUUUUAGCCUCAUGUAUAUACAUUAAUAUAUACAUGUUUGUGUUGAUAUUUGCCUAUAUAAGAUGUGAUUCUGUAAAGUCUAACCAGAGUGUUGCAUUUAAGCUAAUGUGUGCAAAAAAGAAUAUCAAAGCAACCAGUGUACUAGUAUUUAAAACUUGUUCAUUUACACUUUUUAACUUGUCCUUUCUUGUAUUUUUUCCUUCAGAGAAAGAGGUUGCAACUGUUAAUUUUUUAAUAAAUUCUUGGUAAGCAUCAUUUUUAUUGGAAUUAAUUUAAGAUUUUCUAAAGGAGACUUUUGAUUAUUUUACAUAAAUGCAAAACAUCUUUGAUGAAAGGUAAAGAAAACUGUUUUUGUAACUUACUACAGAGUUUUGUUGCAACAGAAAAGCUUUUUAUUUAUUUGUGAACCACUGGCCUUAUGAUAUUUUUAUUCCAUCUUUGGGUAUGAAGCAUCGUCAUAUUCCAAUAAAAAUGAUCAUGAUCUGCACUGUUUGCCAUUCAGCCAGUAUCUUUCCGAUAAGGGUUCCAAACCCUGCUUGGGGUAUAAAAUUCUUCAUGCAUAAAAUUAUAGAAAAGCCUGCCCCAGCUCCAUUUUGUGGCUUACAUACUCCAGUUCCCCCUGUCGGUGUGACCUCUAAACCCAAUUAAAACAAAAGAAAAAACUUAAAUGCUUAUAUGAGUCGCGCCAUGAGAAAACCAACAUAAUGGCUUUGCGACCAGCAUGGAUCCAGACCAGCCUGCGCAGUCUGGUAAGGAUCCAUGCUGUUCGCUUUCAAAGUCUAUUGCAAUUAGAGAAACUGUAAGCAAACAGCAUGGAUCCUGACCAGACUGCCCGGAUGCGUGCUGGUCGCAAAGCCACUACGUUGGUUUUCUCGUGGCAUGGCUCAUAUGUAUGUCUGGUUAUGUCUGCAUUGGCCAGCCAGUCUAGGCAGUAAGAUUUUAAUAAAGUUGCGGUAUGCAAAUUUUCAGCCGAAGUAUUUUAUCAUUAGGUAUUUAAAUCUACAAAAUCUUCAAAUAUAUUUAACAUGUCUUAACUGUGUAUGCAGAGCUGCAAUUACAAAAUUAAUAAAUGUCAUAUGUAGCCAUAUGUCACAAAACUUGUAGUUCGUUCAGUAAUCAUUGUACAUCUACAUUCAGUGUUUACAAUAACAUUUCUUAGUGUCCAGUAGUUUAAUCUAAUGCUUAGUAAUGUUUAUCCAUACUUAGUAAUGUUUAUACAUACAUGUUUAUUUUAUGUUUACGUAGAUACUGUUGCUUAUAAUUUUUUAAAAAUGAAAUUUGGACAUAGUUUAUCUUUAACUGGUUUAGUAACAAAGCAUGUAAGCUGUGUCGGGCAGAUCAGCAAACAGGUCGCAAUCUUUUGUUUAACAUUGGUAAAUUAUAGGCGAAUAACUAAAUAUUUCACUUGCUUUGUUCUGAUGUAUUUGUGAAUUAUUUUGUACUCUACUGAAAUAGUGUAAUCCAUUUCACCACAUUACAAAUAAUUAUCUUUAUUCACUACAUGGAGUGUUUGUAACUUACAAUUAAGAUAUUAACUUUCUAAGAUAAACUGACAAAUAAACCUAAUAAAUACUGUAUAAACCACCUGUACUGACAUUAGGUACCAGUACAUUUUGCAAAAGAUUUAGAACUCAGUUUAUCUUGGAAGGUGUGUCGUAUGUUUGAAGAGUGUGCAGCAUUGUUCUGUUUGUUUGUAUUUCAGUACAAGUAUAGUCUUUGCUCGUUUUAGCCUUGGCUCAUGAUUAUUAAAAUCAGAAAUGAUA